AUGAGCUUGGCUGACCUCCCUGACGACAUCGUCAAGCUGAUCCUAAUGCGAUUACCAGUGAGAUCUCUGCACCGAUGCAAGUGCGUCUGCAAGUCAUGGCGAGACAAAAUCAACAGCCCUCAUUUCAUGGAGCGUUACCUCCAUGCCUCCAAUUGGCAUCUCGUGUGUGUAGAAUUGGGCAAUCCUCCCCUGAGCUGCGAUCCUCCCCGGAGCCUGUGCUAUAUUUUCUCCGGUGAGUCUCUUUCUCUAACAAGAAUGGAAAUCCCAUUUGCUGGCCACAUUGGCCAAUGUGCCCUCAUUGGUUCAUGUAAUGGUUUGAUCUGCGUCGCAAACCGUUCCCGAAAUGGCUAUGUCCAGCGGAUGUAUCUGUGGAAUUUAUUCAGUACAAAGUACAAGGAGGUUCAACCAUACCGUUCGGAGGGUGAAAUUCCUUCCGUAAGAACUUCUCCUAUAGUUCUAGGGUUUGGCUUCCACCCUGAGUCGAAUGACUAUAAGAUUGUGAUGAUUCUCCAUCAUCAACUAUAUUAUAAUUAUCCAAGCGGCAACAAUAUAAAGCAUGGAGUACAUAUCUAUUCACUCAAUACUGAUUCCUGGAGAAGUUUGGAGUGUAGGGUUCCUGCUUUCCGUAGCUCUAGUUCCGCGGUAUGCUGGAAUGGGAAUAUGCAUUGGCUUUUUUCCAACAGAUUAAUAGUGUUGCUCAACUUUGAGGUGUUCGAAGAAAUGGCUCUUCCAGAAGAGCUUUUGCACGCUAAAGUUGUGAAGUUGUUAGUAGCAAAUGGCUUGCUGGCUGUGUGCAGUGUUUGUGAGGAGGCAGCAGUUGGGCAUGUUCAUGAGGAGGCACAGCGUUCAGAUUGUUCGGUUUGGGUUAAGGAUGAGUACCACAUGCCUUGGGAAAAGCGGCAUUCUUUUCAAGUUGAUAGACAAGUAACAGGAUUUGACGACUUCAUGAAGAAUGGUGAGCUUCUGAUGGUAGUAGAUGAUGAUGAACAUAUUUCAUGGAAUCCAACCACUAGACAAUUCACAGAUCAUCCACUAGAGGUUGAGGUGGAAUCCGAUUUAGUCACAUUGAUAGAGCGCUUUGUUUCACUUUAG